CGUGACAGACAGACAGACAGACAGACUGAGAGAGAUAAACUCUCAGUGUCGCUUCGCCGUCGAGGCGCAAACAUGUUUCUGCAGAAAGUGCGCGUGUACGUGUGGACAACAUGCGUGUUUUUCUUCAUGUUGGCGCUCGUCUUCACACUCCGCAUUAUGCAUUUCAUUUCACCAUACGUCACCAAGAAGAUGAUCGUUAAAGUGGGCCGGAAGACCACUAUGCCCGAGAACCCGCUGUUUACGUACGAGGACUGGGGUCCGACGUUCAUGUCUCAGAUCUUCUUGAAGACCGCGUCCAAGCACAUGUGGUUGUCCCUCGGACAGGAGGCUUUCACCGGGGGAGACGCUCCGGACUCACCUGUGGUCACCAUGGACGGAGAGAGAACCAGUGUGUGCAAGUUUCUCAAAGACAACAGACCGCUGGUGCUGAGCUUCGGCAGCUGCACCUGACCUCCGUUCAUGUUCAAACUUGACGAGUUCAAGCAGCUCGUCAAGGAUUUCAGCGAUGUCGCUGACUUUCUAGUGAUUUACAUCGCAGAGGCUCACUCCACAGAUGAAUGGGCCUUUACCAACAACAUUAACAUCAGCCAGCAUCGGAGCUUGGAGGACAGACUCUCCGCAGCACAGAUCCUGGUCCAGAGGGAGCCCCUGUGCCCGGUGGUUGUGGAUGAAAUGAAUGACGUCACUGCCGUGAAGUACGGCGCGCUGCCUGAGAGGCUCUAUGUGCUUCAGGCGGGGAAAAUCAUCUACAAGGGGAGGGAGGGCCCAGCGGGCUACGAUCCAUUAGAGGUGCGUUCAAUCCUGGAGAAGAUGGAAUAAGCAGAUUGUUAAUCAAGUCGAGGCCUUUUCUUUUUUCUUUUCUUUUUUUUUUGAAUCAGGCAGCAAUCAGUAAACUUCCUCUCUCAUCUCAUCUCUUACGUUAGCCAGCGCUUGUGUAGAUACGUCGUACACAUGCAUCAAACUUGCAUGUGACACUGUCUCCAGGCUUUUGUGUCUUCUAAACACCAACUUCAGCCUCUGAGCCUCUGAGCCUCUGAGCUUGAACUCACCUCUGUGUUUCUUAGUGACAGCUACAGAUCAAACCAUUGGCCUCUGUAGCUUGAUGAAGCGAAACACACGACGGUGUUCCACUCAGACUUGGGUAUGAUGCGCACAACAUACUACAGCUGGAGAUGCAUUUGUGUUGUAAUUAUUACCUGUGUUGUCUUAAUGCUACAUUUUACUCAAAGUUUAAAGACAAAUCCAUAGUUUAAGACCAUGAAAGUCCUGUUUCACUAACAUUAAGAUCUUGUCUUCUUGCCUUUAAGUGCACUAGGUCGUUCAAGAGGAGGCUGCUUUAUCAUGACGAUUACAGUGUAAAACUCUUGUAACUGUAGUUUGAUGAAAGAUUCCUUCAAAGUCGGUUUCCUCUGAAUAAUACUGGAGCACUUAUCAUUGGACAUGUGAACCUUUUAAUAAAAAGAGUCUUUUUAUAUUGGAA